AUGACACAAAUCGUUAGGGAGGUGCACGUGCCGCAGGCCCAGAUGGUCGAGAAUGUCGUGGAGGUGCCAGAGGUGCACACGGAGGAGGUGAGCAAGCACGUGCCCAGCGACAUCGUGGUUCAGGAGGUCAUCAGGGAGGUGCCGACAGCUGCCACCGUGAAGGUCCAGAGCCAGAGGAGUCUUUCAUUUUUGUAUACGACAGCGCUGUGGAGUACCGCCACCCCUACCUGCUCAAGGAGCCACCGAAGGGCCAGGCGCGCGGCGGGCAGUGCGAAGCACCGCCGCGACGGAGACGGCCUUCGUGUUAACUCGGUGUCGAUUCGAGGCUCGGGGCUCACGAGGGUGUGUGUGAGGGGGUGGGUGCGACGUCUGCCCCAUGCAGCUCGUUUCCCCACCGUCGCUUGGCAGGUAUCUUGA